AGUUACCAAAUAACCGUCAUGAUUAGAUGGAUUUUUUAAUUGCAAAUAUUCCGUCACUUGUUGCUGUGCCGGGAUGCACGCUGGUCAAUCUAAGGCAGUAUAAUUCAAUAACAUAGCAAUAAACCCUGUCUUUAUGUUUAUUGUUUUAAAAGAACGUCAGAGUUGCAACUAAUUACGAAAAUGUGGUUCUGACAUUCAAAUAAACAAGCAUUUUCCAAAUGAAUGGCAUUCCAUUUGUGGCGGCUGGUUCAACUGGAGAGACGGAAGACGUAUCAGAUUGGUCCAAAUUGUGGCGUUCUUUUACGUUAGCUCUAUGUGAUUGGCUAGUACACUCUGCCAUUCCCUUGCUGCCCAAUGAAUGGUAAGAACGCACUCUGCUGAUUUAGUCAGUCAGGUACUUGCACACAUGGAACUUGUCCAAAUGUUAACUUAUACAAAGCGUCACGCACUCAUUUGUGGUCGUCUGUUGUGUGUGUUUUAAAAUUCAAUACCACACAACUACACUUUUACUUUUUCUGUGCUGACUAUGGCCACGCGUGUUCGACCGAGUAGUAAACGCUGUGCCGUAAUCGGGGGCUCGGGUUUCCUGGGAAGGCACCUAGUGGAGAAGCUCGUGGAGCGUGGCUACACAGUGUCGGUGUUUGACAUCCGCCAGAACUUCGAGAUGCCCGGCGUCACCUUCUAUCAGGGAGACCUCUGCGAUUUGCAGGCUCUGCUGCCAACACUGAAGGAUGUGUCUCUGGUGUUCCACUGUGCCUCUCCAUCACCCGGUAGUGACAACAGGGAGCUGUUUGAGAGGGUCAACAUUCAGGGCACGAACACUGUCAUUCAGGCCUGCACUGAAGUUGGAGUACAGAAAUUGGUGUUGACGAGUAGUGCCAGUGUGGUGUUUGAGGGCUCUGACAUUAAGAAUGGGAGAGAAGAUUUACCCUACGCCAAGAAGCCUAUUGACUACUACACCGAGACCAAGAUCAAGCAAGAGAAGUUGGUCCUGGAGGCUUGUGACAAGAAGAAGGGUUUCCUCACCGUUGCCAUCCGUCCCCAUGGCAUCUUCGGACCUCGGGACCCGCAGCUGGUCCCGAUCCUGGUGGAUACAGCUCGCAGGGGCAAGAUGAAGUUCAUCAUUGGGGAUGGCACCAACCUGGUGGAUUUCACCUUUGUGGAGAACGUUGUUCACGGCCACAUCCUGGCUGCUGAGUACUUGAGGCCGGACUCUCCAAUAUGUGGAAAGCCAUAUCAUAUCACCAACGAUGAACCGGUUCGGUUUUGGGACUUCAUGUCAGAGAUGUUGGUCGGUCUGGGUUACGCCGCUCCGCGCUAUCAUCUGCCCUACAUGUUCGUGUACGGCCUGGCCCUUCUGCUUUGGCUUCUCUCUCUGGUGCUGCGCCCCCUGAUGACCUUCAAACCUACCUUUACGCCGAUGAGAGUGGCCCUGGCCGGAACCCACCACUACUACAGCUGUGAGCGAGCCAAACGGGACAUGGGCUAUAAGCCGCUGGUUGACCUCAAGGAGGGGAUCAAACGCACCGUCCAAAGCUAUCCUCAUCUCAGACAGAAUGCAAAAUAGGCAGGUAUCAGUAACAAUAAUAGUUAAGGCACAUGGACUGAAUGGGCAAAUCCAAACGGACGCCAUUUCCAACCACCUUCCAGGUGAAAAGCCUGUUCGUGCCUUUUCAGCUGUCAUGUAACAUUUAUACCAGCAGAUGGCAGCAGGCUCUGCCUGCAUUCCAACACCUUGGCAAUCCAAAGAGCCAAGUCACUCAAACUCCGGUUCUCGGAGCUCGGCUCCGCUUUCCUGCCAGUUUUCCAUCUCUCCCUGCUGCAACAUACUUGAUUCAAAUGAUCAAGAUCGUUACCAGGCUCCUGCGGAGCUUCUUCAUCAUUUGAGUCGGGUGUGUUGCAGCAGCGAGGGAGGGAAAGCAUUCAGGAAAGCUCCCUUCGAGGACCAGACUUUAACCCCUACGAACUAAAUGCAAAAUCAAUGUAAAAUA